AGUGUGAAUCACACUUUGGGCUUGGAAGUCGAAAUUUCUGAUGCAACAUGCAACAUUCGUUAACAAGACGUGAAUGGCGUGAAUGCACUGUACAUACAGGUACAAACGAUAGGUUCGAUCAGGUUUGAUACCCGCGUGAUCAAGGUGUUCGGCUGUAUUUAAGGGAAUCAAGGAAAUUAACAAGGAGGAUACCAAUUGGUCUAGAACGAUAUUCAAAAUGACUGAGGAAGACUCGGUGUUCGAUCCGACGUUAAAGAAGAAGAAAAAGAAGAAGAAGACCACUUUCGAUCUUGAUGCUGCGUUUAACGAAGGUGGCAAUGCCGGUGAUUCGAUGGAGGCGACCGGUGACAAGGAAAAUCAGGAGCCGGAGCCUCCUGCACCGGCCGACGACGACGAAACAUUGGAUUUAGAGAACUUUGGUAGAAAGAAAAAAAAGAAGAAAAAAGCAUUUAAUCUGGAUGAGCUCGACGCUGCUUUACCCGAUACGAAGAAAGAGGACGUCAUCGAGCAACAAAUGGAAGAGAUCGCCGUGGACGAUACCUUCGACUUAGACAUGGACUUCUCAAAAACUAAGAAGAAGAAAAAGAAGAAGAAAGACCUCGAUGAGCUGGUGGCCGAGGAAGAGCGUAAAGAAAUCGAAGACAAAGAAAAUGGCUGCACUGAAUCUGAGCGAAGUGCAGAGUACGAGGACACGAGUUUAUGGGUCGGAUCGGACAGAGAUUACACGUACGACGAAUUACUGGUAAGGGUGUUCAACAUCAUGAGGGAAAAGAAUCCCGAUAUGGUCGCUGGUAAGAAACAGAAGUUCGUCAUGCGUCCCCCUCAAGUAGUGCGUAUAGGCACCAAGAAAACAUCGUUCGCCAAUUUCACCGAGAUAUGUAAAACACUCCAUAGGCAACCGAAACAUUUACUCGACUUUUUGCUCGCUGAGUUAGGAACUAGCGGCUCUGUCGACGGAAAUAGUCAGCUUAUAAUUAAGGGCCGUUUCCAGCAGAAACAAAUAGAAAAUGUUCUUAGGAGAUACAUUAAGGAAUAUGUUACCUGCCACACUUGUCGUUCUCCGGACACUAUACUUCAAAAGGAUACUCGAUUAUUUUUCUUACAGUGCGAGACCUGUGGCUCAAGAUGUUCGGUAGCUAGCAUAAAAUCUGGCUUCCAGGCCGUUACAGGAAAGCGUGCUGCUAUUCGAGCAAAAACUGCCUAAAACAUUUGUCACGUGUCAUGUUUAUCAAUCAAUUUUGUAGCAUAAUUUUGAAAUUAUCAGAGAUUUCUUGUGUCAGAUCGCAAUUUUUACUAUACCUAUUAUAACGGCGUGCAAUCCGAGCAUUCAUUUUUUCACUCGUGCUGUCGGUCUCUGGAAUAGAUCGUAAAAUUUACAAAAACAGGAUGACACGUUCCACGUUGAUCGGAGCGAAACGCGUGGAGAAAAAUUUAUAGAUGGAAUCGACCGAACGUUUCCUCGCAUCACCCACCCAUUUUUUUUUUUUUUUUUUUUUCUUAUAUUUUUUUUAUUCACUCGAAUCGCCCGUGUUGAUUUUUAAAUUUUUAAUGUACCGUUUGCUCGUGUAACGGAUGGACGCAACGGUGCAAUUAUAUAACAGAAUUUUAAUUUCCCUUAUAUGCAUUCCCGUUCGUCGUCUCGCGAUGCAACGGGCGAUGCGCGUCGGACAUUUUCCGAGAACUACGUUAUUGAAAUUGUACACACGAAUCGAACAGAGAAGAACGAAGAAGAGUCACGCGAUAAAUAAUUAUCCAUUUGUCCGUAAUCGUGACAUAAAUCCUGUAUAAAGUCGAUUAAGUGUAAUAUUACCAGUUAUCGACGAUAGACUUUAACGAGCUGGUAACGAUUUGUUAUAUAUCACUUUCUGUAUACAAAAACAAAUUGUAACAUUAAAUUCAAGUAUAUUAUUA